AUGUCACGAAAGAGGAAAUAUGAUGAUAGUUAUAUUAAAUAUGGAUUCACUGAAAUUGAAGCAAAUCGAGAAAUAAGACCUCGAUGUGCGAUAUGUACUGUUGUGCUUAGUAACGAUGCUUUGAAACCAGCAAAGCUACAGCGGCAUUUGCAUACGAUUCAUCCUACGCUCAAAGACCGACCACCCGAAUUUUUUGAAGGAAAAUGUAAAAGCUUAAAGAAAAUGAAACUAGGACCAAGUGGGGCAAAUGUCGCAUUGUCACAGCAAGUGCUAACUGCAUUAUUUGAAAUCUCCCAACUAAUCACUAAUCAGUAA